AUCGCGGUGGCGUGGAUACGUUGCUGCCAGCUCUGUACCUACAGCGACGUUUUGUCUGAUUACCGAAGACACUGGGAUAAAUAUAUUUAUUGGAUACACACCAUCACUUUACAGUGAUGGGUCGGUUGCUUCGCAAAAUAGCCAUGAGAGCCGGGACACAGGUUCUGUCUCCCAUCCCGGAGUUGCCCGAAGAGUCCCGAUCUCCUACGCCUGUCAGUGCUGGUGCUUUCAACGCAAGUCCAAAGAGACCAGAAAACCCAAAACUCAGCGAAGAGGAAUGCUUCAUGAAGCACCUUCAGAGUCUCGCGGCGGACUACAAAAAGGAGAUGGAACAGGUGGGAAGACAACUCCGUGUGAUGCAGAGAAGAAAUGCCCGGAUUGAGAAGAACGCCGAAUUCUACCACGUAGAAUACGACAACUACAAGUGGAACUGGGACAAAAACCAGGAGAAGAUUCUGGGACUGAAGACGCGUCUGGACAAAUACAAGCCACUGAAGAAGGUCAUUGACAGGUUGCAUUCCCUCCAAGAUGAAAACAAGCGACUGAGGGCCUCUUAUUUCCAGACUGUUCUGGACAACAAUUUUCUGAGGAAAACCUGGAAGAACAUGGAAGGGGAAGAGAUUGAGGAUGAGGAAUUUCCGGAUGUUGAGAACGUGAGAGAGGCAAUAGCUCCAAGACCUCCCACAGCUCCCGACAAUGGCCGGGCGGGAUCAGCCAGACGACGCCCAUACACUGGCAGGUCCAGGGCGGAUCGGCCUCAUCUGCCGCCUAUCACAGAGAACAACAAAACGGUCACACCUCACAAGCAGACGACAGUUGAAUCACAUGAGAAGAAACAAAGCAAAUCUCCGGUUCAUCUGCCACAACUCGGGACAAUGGUCCCAACUCCUCCAACAUGUCCACGGAGAAAUGCUCCCAGCAGACGACAGAGCAGAAUUCCACUGGCCUUACCACCAAUCCGUGGUGCGACUUCUGUGGAUAGUCUUCGGCUUCCCCGCCAGGGUGUGCAGGAUAUUGGUCGCAAGUCUCGGGAUCUGCAGGGGACAAGGGUGUCUCGUGAUUAA